ACGUCCUUCUACUUGUCCACAAUCUGCCACAGGGACUCCUAGUCUUUUACUGGUACAAGGGAACCACUGAUAAUAACAAUCUAAUUGUACAAUUUAAACUAUCCGAUAAUACGAAUCAAACAGGGCCUGCAUACAGUGGCAGAGAGAUAAUGUACAGCAAUGGAUCCCUGCUCUUGCAAAAUGUCACCAAGAAUGAUGAGAGAACCUACACACUAAGUAUGCUAAAUCAAGACUAUCAACUUACCCACGAACCUACACAAUUUUAUGUACACCCCCUAUUACAAAAACCCAGCAUCACAAGCAACAACUCCAAUCCCACGGAGGGUGAGGACUCGGUAUCAUUAACGUGUGGACCUUACACUGAUGAUACAAACUACCUGUGGAGCAGAAAUGGUGAGAUCCUCUCAGAAGGUGACAGCCUGACGCUGUCUGAGGGCAACAGGACUCUCAUUUUACUCAAUGUCACGAGGAAUGACACAGGACCCUAUGAGUGUGAAACCCGGAACCUAGUGAGUUUCAACCGAAGUGACCCAUUCAACCUGAACAUUACCUAUGGUCCGGACACCCCGAUUAUAUCCCCCUCAGAUAUUUAUUUGCAUCCAGGGUCAAAUCUCAGCCUCUCCUGCCAUGCAGCCUCUAACCCGCCUGCACAGUACUUUUGGCUUAUCAAUGAGAAGCCCCAUGUAUCCUCCCAAGAGCUCUUUAUCCCCAACAUCACUACUAAUAAUAGCGGAACCUAUACCUGCCUCGUCAAUAACUCUGUCACUGGCCUCACUAGGACCACAGACAAGAACAUUACAGUCAUUGAAGAAGUGAUGAAGCCCAUCCUCCAAGUCAUCAACACCACAGUCAAAGAACUAGACUCUGUGACCCUGACCUGCUUCUCAAAUGACACUGGAAUCUCCAUCCGUUGGCUCUUCAAUAGUCAGAGUCUGCAGCUCACAGACAGGAUGACACUCUUCCAGAACAACAGCAUCCUCAAAAUAGACCCUAUUAAGAAGGAAGAUGCCGGGGAGUACCAGUGUGAAGCCUCCAAUCUAGCCAGUGUCAAGAAGAGCAACCCAAUCCGGCUGAACAUAAUAGGUGACCCAACACAAGGAGGUUCCUCCGGCCUCUCAGAGGGUGCCAUUGUUGGCAUCGUGAUCGGAACUGUGGCUGGGGUGGCUCUAAUAGCUGGACUGGCAUAUUUCCUCUAUUCCAGGAAGACUGGCGGAUCUGGCUCCUUCUGACAACUCUCCUAACAAGGUGGAUGACGUUUCAUACUCUGUCCUGAACUUCAAUGCCCGGCAACCCAACCAGCCAACUUCAGCCCCUUCAUCUCCGAGAGCCACAGAAACAGUUUAUUCAGAAGUAAAAAAGAAGUGAGCAUAGUCAGUCUGUCUGUCCUGCUGUCUGCACCAGUGAUGCAUUCCCAGAUUCUCUCCCUCAUUGGAGGGUCUCUGCACACACACACACACACACACACACACACACACACACACACACACACCACGAAUUCACUCUAUUGACUCCACCAGUGUCAAUAGAAAAAAAGGUGGAUCCUGAAGCCUACAGAAAACUCAAUCCUUCUAGGCAUUAAAAUUUGGCUGAGAGAGAUGUACCAAAACUGCCCAUCCAUUCACUUUCCUGACCCAGAUUGUUUUAAAUUUACCUAUUCGGAGCACACUCAUUCUUCUCCCAAAUCCAAGUCCUGCCCUGUUAGAGUCUGACUUGAAUUUUCCAUAAACCUUGGAGGUCACCUAAGUGCUUUUGCCAAAAAACAAAACAAAACAAAACAAAACAAAACAGAAGCAAGAAAUGGCCAGUCCCAUCUCUUUAAAGGCUGAUGUGAAGCCACCACACAUGGGAAGAUCAAACCUCCAUGCAGUAGUUCCCUGGGCAAUCUGCACACCUGACAACCGUUAUGCUUACCCAUCUGUGGCACUGAGUCUCUGAACCUUGUGUCCUCGAACCUGAGCCCUUCUCUGAGCCUUUCUCCAGAAAAUCCACUCAGAGCAACUAGAAAGGCUCUUUGUCAGCAACCGUAAGCAAUUGCUAAGUGGAAUGCGGAAGAAAAGACAGCAUCUCUAACAUCUACCAGGAAGGUGCCCAGAAAAGCAGAGCUGGUGACUUUGGACGGACAGACAUCUGGAAUUUGAAAAGGCAAUAGAGAGAUACCCUUCGUAGAGUGUUGAAAUUAUUUUAAAAGAAGCCAUAUUUGGGGGUAUUGGAGUUUUCCUCUUUCUAAGACAAUCCACUAUUUGAAAAUUGUAGCUACUGACUUGCCUCUCACUAUGUGAGCCGAUCAGUUCGCCUUAGGGACACUACAUUUCUGUCUGCUUUGGCCCCUCAAGCCCUUUGAUCAUGAGUUCCAAACCAAAAAUAAAAUAAAUGAACAGCAAGGCCGUCCCUUGCAGAACCACUGUCAUGGGUCAGGCUAAGCCUCCUGCUUUUGUGAGUUAGUCAAGAGAAGCCUGGGUUUUCCUUUUUCCAUCUUUUUAUCUUGUCUUUUGGAUACUGGCCAGAGCCUGGACAGUCUUCCUCUGAGAUCUCCAGUUUGUCUGCCUUUUUGUGUUUCUUUUAAACUCUAACAAAAUUGUCCUCAGCUUCAAAAAAUAAAAUAAUAACAAGCUUUCCCCAUCCUCACAAAAAAGACCCAACUCGGUUUCUGGAAAUCCAGGACCAACCUCCAGCUGCCCUUCUGCAGUGUUUCUGCCUUUGUUUCCCCUUUCGUUUUGACUUUUUUUCCUUCUUUUGAGACAGUUUCAGCAUGUAGCCUUCACGGGUUUCAGUCCCAUAAUAAUGCCUUCUGCAGCACCCCACCUGCUCAGACUGAAGCACGGGCCACCAGGCCUGGCUAUCUGAACAUUCUGUCUGCCCUGCACUCUCAGGAAACCUUGGCCUCUGCUACUGUCUGUUUGGUUCAUGUGAAGUGUGCCCUUAAAGGAACACAGUCACUCAUGCCAGAGGCAUUGUUUACAGCCUGGAGUGCUCUGCACUUCCAGUGGAACAGUGCUCCACCAGAAAUGGGCUGUUAGCAGGGUCCUCUUACCCAGCCCUGGCCUUUCUGUAUAGCCUCUGAAUCCUGCCUUCUCCACCCCAGCAGCAGGAGGAAGGGCAAAUGGAGUCUCAGGAACCUUCUGCUCAAAGACACACCCUCCGUGCCUGUUAAGCAAAGGUCGUAGCGGAUAUCAAGUGUUUGGUCUCAUGCCAUGCCUAACAGGCUUUUGAGAGAAUUGUUUAGUUCUCCUACUCAGGGAUUUCUUUCAGGGAUUUCCAGCCCUAACACAACCUGUGUAUAUUUUGUUUCACCCAUGCAAUGCUGGGUUAUUUAAUUUUGCCCUGCCAAAGCCAAAUCUGAGUUACUUGUAAAUUUGCUCUAUGUUCAUAAUAAAAAUGUAUUAUAUAUCACUGA